UAUGUGACGUGAUAUCGACCUUGUGCGCAUGCGGCCCCGCUGCCUUCGGUCACUGCGGUGCAGUUGUUUUGCUGAAUAGAGGCGGAUUCACCGACAGCAUGAGGAGGCAGAGCCGACUUUAGGGUUGACCGUCACCGCUGUAGGUGUCAUGACCCGUUUCUGUAGCCGUUACAUCUGCUAAAAACCGGCAGGUACCGCUAGCUACGCUACAAGCUAGCUCUUUAAAAGCUCGCUCUCGUCUGCUGUUUGUUUACCCACACAAGUGCCUGAAGAAAUGCAGAGAAUAAGAUGUUUCAAAAGUGUCUGGCAGCUGCUGAAGUCAAGCUGUGAGGGAGCAGCAAGGUGUUCAAGAUCAAGAAAUUAUAGCCAAGGCCCCGGCUCCUUCGGGCUCCUCUUCGACAUCGAUGGGGUGCUGGUUCGAGGCCGGGCGCCGAUCCCUGCGGCCAAGCAGUGCUUCAGGAACCUGGUGGACCGCAAUGGGAAGUACAAAGUCCCUGUGGUGUUUGUCACCAACGCCGGGAACUGCAUGAGGCAGACCAAAGCUGAACAUCUGUCACAUCUGCUGGAGGUGGAGGUGUCUCCAGACCAGGUGAUGCUGUCCCACAGUCCUUUGCGAAUGCUCACUCAGUUCCACAAAAUGCGGGUGCUGGUCUCCGGACAGGGUCCUGUUGAGGAAGUCGCUCACAACCUGGGUUUUGAGAAUGUGGUUACAAUAGAUAUGCUCCGAGAGGCGUACCCAGUCCUGGAUGUUGUGGAUCACAACAGAAGGCCUAAAGACAGCAUUCCAACCACCAAAGGCUUACCGCCAAUAGACGCUGUUAUCUUAUUCGGAGAACCUAUCAGGUGGGAAACCAACCUCCAGCUUAUCGUCGACGUGCUCCUAACCAGAGGAAACCCAGACAACUCCUGGAGUUCAACACAAUACCCUCACAUCCCGGUGCUGGCCUGCAACAUGGACCUGCUGUGGAUGGCAGAGGCCAAGAAUCCCAGGUUCGGCCACGGCAUGUUCCUCGUGUGCUUAGAGAGCCUGUACAAGAAGGUCACAGGCUAUGAGCUGAAGUACGAGGCUCUGAUCGGUAAACCCAGUGUGGUCACUUAUAACUACGCUGAGCUGCUGAUCAGACAGCAGGCGGAGAGACUCGGCUGGAAAACGCCUGUGAAGAGGCUGUACGCUAUCGGCGAUAACCCCAUGGCUGACAUUUACGGUGCCAACCUCUACAACCGCUACCUCCAGGCUGCUCGCCACACCAAGAUGAGUGGCAGAGGAGGUGUGGCUCCAUCGGUAGGACUCGGCGCAGCAUCGGCUACGUAUGGGGCAGAGCAGGAGCUCCCCGAGGGCUGCAGCUCCAUGCUGGUGUGCACAGGAGUGUACAGCAGAGACCAGCAGGAGCUUUCCUCCGACACGACACAGACAGUCACCAAGCAGCAAAUCUUCCACGGUCACAGGGACUUCCACUUCGACCCCAGCCUCUUGCAGCCAUCCUUCAUUGUGCAGGAUGUGAAGGAGGCGGUGGAGACGGUGUUUCAGCAGGAGGGUUGGCCUCUGGAGUAGGAUAGAGCAGGACUCCAUCUCACACACAGAGGCAUUGUGAGUGUAAGUCAGGGGACAUGUAGCUGUUACCAUGUUAGAGAUAACAGUGCCAUAGAAUCAGCUGCAGAAAGCAACUAUAUGCAGUUUUAACUCUAAUUAUACUGAAGUUACAUUUUGAGUCAGUCGUACAUCAUUGUGCGUCUCAGACUGGAGAUUUUUUUAAGAAUAUUUUUCAUGAAUAACACACACAUUUCUGUCUCUGUAUGUCGUCAGCGUCUGCGCUUUCUUGCCUUUGCACAAAAUAAAUCCACAGAUAGUUUGUGAAGGUGUAGUCAGUGAGUUACACACAUUUUAUAAAGCAGCUACAGAUAAGAGUUCACAUUUCACCGUCCAGCUGAUGUUCAGAUUGAUCAAGAAGGAACUCUAAAGACACGACUGUUGCUCUGGAACAGUACCGCUCUUAGUGCAUAUUAAGAUUGAUUUUAUUCUUUGCACAGAGGUCUACCUGCCUUUACAGAAUAUACACCAGUUUUUGUAUUUUAAUCGUAGUUUGUUUUUAAGCUAGGGUGGAGGAGAUUAGUUCAGUUUAGUCCCUCAACAGUUUGGAUUUCAGCUUCAAUCCGGGGCAUCAGUGUAGUCCUAUUUUUAGAACUUUUUUUAAUUAAACAAUAAGCGAGGUGCAAUUUUUCUGUUACGUGGGUAUGAUCCUGGGAUUCUUAUGAAUGCAAAUGCCUUUAUUUAGAAGACUUGGAAGACAGUUGCAGCACCAGUGAAUAGUUCUCAUGCAGUUUUGUUGUAUUUGUAACAGACAGGUAUAAUGUGCAGAUGACCUGAAUUGCAAGUUACCUCUGUGGAACUCUGGUAAUGUACUGUAAAAGCCAUUCAGAGAGAAAGAGCGAAUAAAAAGGAUGACAAAAAGUCGCA